CUCCGCAGGGACCACCCGGCGGUGAUCAAGCGCCGCUUCACCAGCGUCCUGGUGGUGUCGGGGCUGGCCCCGGCCCUGGUCUGGCUCUGGAAGGAGCUCACAGGGGUUAAGGCCGACACCCCCCUGCCCGCGCUGCUGGGGCUGCGCCUCGAGGGGCUGCUCCCGGCCACGCUGCUGCCGCUGCUGCUCACCAUGGUGGACCCGCGGGUGUGGGCGCUGUGCCUGGGGGACGUGCGCUGGCUGCGGAACCAGGUGGUGGCCCCGCUGACGGAGGAGUUGGUGUUCAGAGCCUGCAUGCUGCCCAUGCUGGUGCCCUGCACGGGGCCCGGCCCCGCCGUGCUGGCCUGCCCCCUGUUCUUUGGGGUCGCCCAUUUCCACCACGUGAUCGAGCAGCUCCGCUUCCGCCACGGCUCCGUCGGCAGCAUCUUCAUGGCAGCAGCAUUCCAGUUCUCCUACACAGCCGUGUUUGGGGCCUACACGGCCUUCCUCUUCCUCAGGACC